GUUAAAGUCCUCAUAGAAGAGGAGCAGGUCCUAGAGAUGGCACAUUGAGAGCACCAGGCUUGGUGAAAGUCCCCCUGAGGGGCUUUUCUUGUCCAGCUUUUCUCAGAAAGCCACAACAUGCAGGCAAAGCCAUCUGAAAACCUGCAUGUCAACAGAAUCAUGAUCCGGCAGCAGCACUGCUGGGUCUUCGACAAAGAGGUGGUGAAAAACUACUGUUUUGGAACAUGCCAACAGAGGAAACUCUUUCCUCACCAUCAUCCCCCAAACCGGCUGGGGAACAAGUUUCUUCCACUUCGGGGAUCGCCCCACAGAGGGCCUGGAAGUUACACAACAGAUUGGUGUGGCUUGGCCUACAGCCUAACCAAGAUCCCGACCAGCACAAAGGGGUAUGCUUUUGGAGCCAGAACAUCCGUGAGGUUCAAGCCAACUGAGAAGGAUAUGAAACACUAUCCUGGCAUGUACCAGAAAAUAAAUAUUCAAGAGGAAAAAUACAAACAAGGUUUUGCUCCAUUUAAUGUCUUGAUGCCUCGAUUUGCAACCAUUUCAAAGGAUCCUUCUUAUCCUGGCCCCGGCUCAUACAACCCUGAGAAGAAGCCACCCCUCAAAGUUGCUUGGCCAAUGCAAUUUGGGGCUCCAGACUGGACUCAAGUUCCAUGUCUACAGAAAAGAACCCUGAAAACAGAGCUGUCCACAGACAAAGAGUUCAGGAAGCAUCGGAACCGAGUGGCCUACCUAAGCCUAUACUACAAUUGAGGAGUGGUGACUGUGUCACAUGCUCCUCUUGACCGCACACUCUCCAGGAGCGAGGGCAGAGCUGCUCUUCUCUCAGCACCACAGGAGCCCGCGUGUCUGCCAGAGUGGGGCCCAAGGAGGGGCAAAGGGCUCAUAACUAUUGUAUGUGAGCAUAAAGACUAGUUCAGAGUA